CCCCCCGCGGGAGCCGAGCGCCAAACUCAAAGCGCAAGAUGGCGGCGGAGAGUCUGUUCGGCCGGUUGGUGCCGGUGCAGGUGAAGUGCCAGGGCUGCGAGGACAGGAGGAUAAAUGUUCGAGUAAGGAUUGAGCUACAAUCAACAUCUAAUCCUGUUCAUAAAAAGGACUUAGUUGUGCAGUUAACUGAUGAUACUGACCCCUUUUUCCUUUAUAACCUGGUUAUAUCUGAGGAAGAUUUUCAAAGUUUAAAAUGCCAGCAAGGUCUUUUGGUAGAUUUCUCUGCUUUUCCACAAAGAUUUGUAGAUCUACUUCAACAGUGUAUUCAGGAACAAAACAAAGAUACCCCAAGGUUUUUGCUGCAAUUAGUUUCUUCAGCAUCUGUUUUAGAUCACACACCUGCUUUUUUAAAUGUAGUGGAGACAAAUCCAUUUAAACAUCUUACACAUCUCUCACUAAAAUUUCUGCCAGGAAAUGAUGCUGAAAUAAAGAAGUUUUUAGCAAUCUGUUUGAAAUGUAUUAAGGAAGAAAAGUCGUUAUUGGAACAAAAGCUUAAAAAAACUGAAGAUGACCUUACCAGACAGCUGAGCUAUACACAGCAGAGCUUGUCAGAAAAGAGCCGGGAAUUAGAUAAGUUGAGAAGUGAAUGGACGUCACAUACAACAAUGCUAACAAAUAAGCACACUCAGGAAUUGACAAAUGAGAAGGAAAAAGCUCUCCAGGUGCAGACUCAGUACCAACAACAACAUGAACAACAGAAAAAGGAAUUGGAAAGCUUGCAUCAGAAAAGUAUCCAACAGCUACAGAAUCGACUGUCAGAACUAGAGAUUGCCAACAAGGACCUAACAGAAAGGAGAUACAAAGGAGACUCCACAAUUAGAGAACUUAAAGCAAAACUCUCUGGGAUAGAAGAUGAGUGCCAGAGAGCAAAGCAAGAAGUGCUGUCGUUGCGUCGGGAGAAUACUACGCUGGAUGCUGAAUGCCAUGAAAAAGAGAAACACAUUAAUCAGCUACAAACACGAGUUGCAGUUUUGGAACAAGAGAUCAAAGAUAAGGACCAGCUAAUUAUUAGGACAAAAGAAGUAUUAGAUGCAACACAAGAACAAAAGGUGAUACUGGAAGAAAAUACAGAGAAGAAACAAGUUCAUAUAGGAAAACUUGAAGCAACAAUAAAGUCAUUAUCAGCUGAACUUCUUAAGGCUAACGAAAUUAUCAAGAAGUUACAAGGAGAUCUGAAAACUCUAAUGAGUAAAUUGAAAUUGAAAAAUACAGUAACAAUUCAGCAAGAAAAACUCUUGGCUGAAAAAGAAGAGAAACUACAGAAAGAGCAAAGGGAACUGCAGGAGACAGGACAAUCUCUUAAAGUAAAAGAGCAAGAGGUCUGCAAGUUGCAAGAACAGUUAGAAUCUACAGUACAAAAACUGGAAGAAAGCAAGCAACUGCUAAAAACCAAUGAAAAUGUAAUCACAUGGUUAAAUAAGCAACUGAAUGAAAUUCAGAUGGCAAGAAAACAAGAGAUAUUGGGAACUUCUACCAUUCCACUUACACAUUCAAGCAAUGGCACUAUUAGAACUGGCACUUCACCUCACAAUAUGCUUGACAACAGACUCCGUUUUACUAGCUCAGGAAUCAGUUACCCCAUCUCUCCAGUAUGCGCUUUCCAAAACUUUCCAGAAACAGCACCUGCGAAAAGUGCCAACCAGCAGGUUUCAGGACCAAAGGUUCAGUUUAAUGUGCAGCUUUCAAAAACUAAUAAAAGUUCAGACAUUCAGCCAGGAUUUCCUACUGCAACUGGUCAUCUAACAAAUACAGAAAAUGGUGAAAAUUUGGGAUUGGAAUUGAAGUAUUUAAAGAAAAGGGAAGACAGCAUUCCUUUACGAGGUCUCAGCCAAAAUACAUUUAACUCCUCAGAGUAUCCGAAAUCCUCCACAUCAACAAAAACACCAACUUCAUCAAAACCUGGAGUACAGUCUACAGCCUCUGCUUACUUCCCUGGAGUGCAAACAUAAUCAUUAGAUGAAAUCUUUUAUAUUACCAACUACGGAAGAUUUUGGAUGGCUUUUAAUUAAGAUACUAAAUACAAUUACCCCUUAAAAUGUCAAUGUUAUAGUAACCAUGUAAAAUGAGUUAACUUUACCUUUCAUUUGUAUAAUAUUUAGCUUUUGUGAAGAAAGCAAAUAGAUAUCAGUAUACAAUUCCAACCAGAAGAGUAAAAGAUGGAGGGGAAAAAUAUUAACUACUUUAGUCACAUGCUACACAAGGAUUGUUCAGAAAUGACCAUCUAUAAAAUGAGGCAAAGCCUUUUAAA